AUGGUGUUCAAUCUACGAACCUUCAGUUUCUCCGAGUCCAGUGAAGACGAUCGAGCACAUCCUAGAAGCUUCUCCCUAAAAGAGCUCCGAGCCGCGACGCAGAACUUUAGCCGGCACAACUUCUUCGCAGAAGGUGGAUUCGGUGCGGUUUACUGGGGACGCUUAGCGGACGGUUCUCUCAUGGCAGUGAAAAGAGCAACCGCCCUUGAUCAAGAGAGGGAAGAGGCUUUCAAAAGAGAAGUGCAAGCCGCAAGCUCGGUUCGGACACGCUCAAACGUGCUACGUCUCAGCGGCUUUUGCAGGACCAAGAAGGAGCUUAUCCUGGUCUAUCCCCUGAUGAUCCAUUACAGCCUUGCUCAUUGUGGUCGAGAGAGACCGGAUUGGUCACCCCGACCUCUCGAUUGGACUACUCGCAAGCGUAUAGCCUUGGGAGCAGCAAGAGGUCUUAUGCACCAGCUGCACAAUCAAAGUAAUGUUCGGACCACGCCACUCCGCUUUUGCCUGUCGAGUAUGUUGCUAGCUUUUCGAUUUAAGGCUGAGAUGGGAGGUUUCUACCGUGUGGACAUCGUGCACGAGAGUAAAUCAGAGAAGGGAAUUAUCGAGUGGCGCACUCUGAAGGACGAUGUUUUCGCCUUUGGGAAAACUCUUCUCCACCUUAUCUGCGGACGGAAGAGCACGGAGUUUGGUCUGCUAGCAGAUGAAAUUAUCAGCUUGGGAAAAUGGAUUAGCCAGAUGAUGAACGAGAACAAGUUGGAAAGAGUGAUUGAUCCUAGCUUGUGGGGGCACUAUGUGGAAGAAGAAGCAAAGCAACUAGUCCAGUUAGCAUUGUUGUGUGUGGAUACUAAUCCAUCAGUCCGACGCGAUCUGUCUCGAGUGAUCAGAAUGCUCGGAAACCAAUUGCUCAGGCAGGAGCAGGAUCCUAGCAGUCGGCACAGUCAGAGUCGAAACAGUGAUUCCACCACUUACUACUCUUUCCCUCCUUCUCCUUCAUCCGGAAUUGCUCUAUGA